GGUUGCAGCUUUUAGAACCACCGACACUGAGAGAGGCUUCAUUCCCAGCCCCAAAGAUCCAGCCUGACGCAUCCAGCGCGAGAGAGAAACCCGACGUAUGCGCGCGUGUGUGUGUGUGUGUGCAGGUUUUUCUGAGAAUCCAGGCCAUCAGGACUGAGGAGAUAUCGGGCCCUGCGCAUUGGACAUCGCUUCUUUAAAUACAGACACGAGAUGCUGUGAGAUUUUACCUCUGCUCACACUCCUGGCUUUGACAAAACACCGAUAAACUCAACCCGAGUCGCCUUUUCUGAAACAAUCCUUCGGUCAUGCUGCGCACCUGCCAGACCUCCUCGCGCGGACCGGACUGUUAAAGAAAAGAAAACAAGAGAAAGGGCAACUUUUGGGGAAGAAGUUGCCGUUGAAGCGGGGGUUGGAGGGGGCAGACCACAAGUCCCUCCAUCGAGUAGAAUCACCUUUUUUUUCUUCACAUUUUCAUCCUUGUUCGGAAGGCGAAACGGCGACUUCAGUUGAUUAUCUGUCUUUCCUUUGCUAUCCAAUGGAUAUUCACUGCAAAGCAGACCCCUUCACAGCGAUGCACCUAUCCCACGUAGGGCACGGAGGUGUGAACCAGCUCGGCGGGGUGUUUGUGAACGGCAGACCCCUCCCGGACGUGGUCAGGCAGCGGAUCGUGGAGCUGGCCCACCAGGGCGUCCGGCCCUGCGACAUCUCCAGACAGCUGCGCGUGAGCCACGGCUGCGUCAGCAAGAUCCUGGGCAGGUGGGUGAAAGAUCUGCGGCCAAGCCCUGCAGCUGAGGCCAGAUACUACGAGACUGGCAGCAUCAAACCAGGUGUGAUCGGUGGGUCUAAACCUAAAGUGGCCACGCCAAAGGUGGUGGACAAAAUCGCAGACUACAAGAGACAAAACCCCACCAUGUUUGCGUGGGAGAUCAGGGACAGACUGCUAGCAGAGGGCAUCUGCGACAACGACACAGUGCCCAGUGUCUCAUCUAUUAACAGGAUCAUCCGAACAAAGGUCCAGCAGCCUUUCCAUCCAUCGCCUGAUGGGUCGUCCCUGUCGACGCCUGGCCAUACUAUAGUACCAAGCACAGCCUCUCCGCCUGUAACCAGCGCCUCCAACGACCCUGCAGGAUCCUACUCCAUCAAUGGGAUUCUGGGAAUUCCUCGAUCGAAUGGAGAAAAGAGGAAAAGAGAUGAAGAUGGUUCAGAUGGUUCUGGCCCACACAGUGAUUCUCAGGGUAGUGUGGAGAGUUUACGGAAACACCUUAGGGCCGAUGCCUUCACCCAGCAGCAGCUGGAAGCGCUGGACCGGGUCUUUGAACGCCCCUCGUACCCUGACGUCUUCCCUACAUCGGAGCACAUCAAACCUGAACAGGCUAAUGAGUACGCGCUCCCUGGCCUGAAUUCCAGCCUGGACGAAGUCAAGCCCAGUUUAUCCUCUAGCGCCAACCCAGACCUGGGCCCCAGUGUGUCGCAAAGCUACCCUGUAGGUCGAGAUAUGGCCAACACAACCUUACCUGGGUAUCCCCCUCACGUCCCCCCCACAGGCCAGGGCAGCUACCCGACCUCCACCCUCGCUGGAAUGGUUCCUGGGAGUGAGUUUUCGGGGAACCCCUACAGUCAUCCACAGUACACAACCUACAACGAAGCUUGGCGAUUCAGCAACCCAGCAUUACUAAGUUCCCCUUAUUAUUAUAGUGCCGCAUCGAGAGGCUCCGCCCCUCCCACUGCUGCCACUGCCUAUGACCGUCACUAGUUACCAUGGAAACCAAAUCAACCUGCAGGACCAUGGCCUUAGCCUCCAUAUUGCCCCGGUGUGAGCGGCAUGGUCCACUGGACACUGAGCAACUGCGCAUAACAUGCUCUCGGCUCAGACAAUGAGACACUUAACAGAUUUUUUUGGGACUCCAGACGACUUCUCUUCUCCCUCCAUGAAGCUUCUUUGGACACUCAAAGCCAAAAAAAAUCUACAAGACAGCACCAGAGACACUGAGAGUCGCUACACACUAUGACAACUGUUACUAAAUGCAGCUGGUUAAAUAAUAAAAUAAAAAAAAGACUGACAACAAAAUAAACAGAUUUUAUUUCCAUCCUGAAGCAGUGUCACAGUUUCAUCCCAUCAUGGAUCAAUACUGUACAUUCCUUUUCUAGACGGCUCUCAGCAGGGACCCUGUCCACAGCUUAAAAAUGUAGCAGCAGCCUUUUUUUUCCCCCCCCUUUCACCAUUCAUCCCCUCCUCGAUUCAGAUGGCAGCACAGUGAGAUCAGAGGAGAUUAGAAGCAGCACACUCAGGCUGUGGCAGGCUAACACUGUUUUUUUAUCAAUCUGAUCAGUCACCGACCAAACAUCCAGCAUGACUAAACCGAUCGCUUUUGAUGCCAUGAGAAGAUUAGGACAUGUUCUCUGUGAUACACAAUCAAGAUGUAAAAAUGAAAAUGAAAUUAAUAAAGAAACAUCUGUUGGGAAAAUAGAGGGAGCCAUGACAGUAUAUCAACAUGGCUUCUUAUUUGCAAGAUUUCAAGAAACUAGUAAAUAUAUUCUUAAAAUAAUUUUUUAAUUUCAUUUUUACAAUUCCUAACCUGCACACUGCUUGGCUAGUGUUUGACUUUUUCUUAUUUGUCAGGAUACGAGAUGUCAUCAGACUGUGUUUUUUUGUUUGUUAUUUUUGCACUAUUUUGGAGGUUUGCAACACUGGAGCGUUAUUAUGCUGAAAAAUGAUGAUGCAUAUUUUGCUUAAUUUCAUUGAUCUGACUGUAAGUCUAAUAAGUCUGCGUCUGAAAAGGCACUUAAAGCUUCACAGUUUUUCCUGUUGUUCGAGGCCCAUCAUGUUACUGCCUUGACGUGCACUACUAUGUUCUCACAGCUUAUGUUUUUAAUUUUAUUCGAUUAAGUCUUUGGCAUUCAACCCCAGAAAAAAAAAAA